UACAGACCUACACCACGCAAUUGAGAUAUCACAGCUGCUAGUUCAAGUUGUCUACCUUCAAUAUAGGCACGUAAUUCGCUUGUUACGCACCCCAAUUGUCUUCUAUCAGGUUUGAGCGGAGCUUCCUCCUCUCCAUUUUCCCGAACCAAUUGUCCUGCACUUCGUUACCGGCUGGCUCAAGAUGCCGCCCGCCAUGCCAUUUCCUGCACUGCCAUCUGCACCAUCAUGGUUCCCUGGUCACAUGAACCGAUUUACGAAGCAGCUUCCGGCGCUACUAUCCCGUACCGACGUGGUCUUAGAGCUCAGAGACUCUCGUCUGCCCCUUACGAGCAUCAACAACAAUCUAGAAGGCGCAAUCAACAAAUGGAGGGCUGAGCGGGGACACCAUUCCACCCAAUUCCCUCCCUUUUCUCCUCUUACACCUGCAAAUUCGUCACUAGGAUAUGGUGGCCCGAUUUGCGAGCGUAUCGUCGUCUUGAACAAGCGCGACUUUGUCCCUGAAUGGGGCGUUGAGCCCUUUAGGAGAGCCAUGAAGGCAAAGUUUCCUGAUCAGACGGUGCAUUUUGCUUCUUGCAAUAAGCCCCGAGACAUAAAAUCUUUGAGCGAGAUGCUCGUAAGUAUAGCCAAGAGGAACCCUCAUGCAACUGAGAUGAAUGUCCUCGUGAUCGGCAUGCCUAACGUUGGCAAAUCGACAUUAUUGAAUUCCCUUCGCAAUAUGGGUAUCUCAGGCCGGACACCUAAGGCGCUACAAACAUCUGCACAGCCUGGUCAUACACGCGCUCUCUCGACCCGCCUUAAGCUCUCAGAGGAUCCGCUCGUCUAUUCAUACGACUCGCCCGGUGUAAUGCUACCAUUUCUUGGAAGAGGCGAUCGCGGCGCAGAGCGAGGGGUCAAGCUUGCUCUGAUAGCCGGCAUCAAGGAGAGUUUAUAUGAUGUUGAAGCCCUUGUCGCAUACUUGCUUUACAGGCUGAACGUAUUAAAUCCUAUAUCACCAGCAUACUUAACCAUCCUCCCGCCUGGCACCCGUCCAUUUACAGACGCGGACGAAUUUUUGGAGCAGCUCGCGAUACGGCUUAAUAUGCUGUUACGAGGAGGCGAGAAAGACACCGUAAGAGCAGCAAAAUGGUUCGUAGAAUGGUGGCGAAACGAGGGUGGUCUCGUUUCUGCUUCGGUGCCAGAAAAUCUUCCGAUGGGGUCGGAUGGAACGUUACUGCGACGUGGAUGGGGUUUCGAUUUCGAAUGGACGGUGGACGAGUCUAUGAAUUGCACCGGCAAAGCUUUUGAGUCGGCAGUGCAGAUAAAAAUGGAAGAGUGCAUAGAUGAAUCGGUGAGGGCGGCGGACGAGGACGAGCGGUCAGGGGUGGGGAUUAGUACGACCCAAGAGAGGAAACGCGGCUGGCAGGAGAAGCAAGCCCGACGCGCUGCGAAAUCCAAGGCGAAGUGGGCCGCACGUAAAGCUGCAUAAUUAUCCACGGUGUUUUCUGCGGCCCCCCUCAAUGCUUUCGGUUUAUUAGUAGCCAUUUGACGCGUUCUGCUGCAUGCAAACACUAAUACCUAACGCCCUCAAUGCUUGCCCAAUACGUCUUGCAAAAUCUCACCG